UGGUACACUACAAAGAAGUGAUUGUAACAUGAAACGAUUUUCGAAUAAAUUUUUAAUUUAUAUUUCUUUACAAUUCUUUGUUUUAAUUGAAAUUAACGCCACGGCAAUUAAUUAUAAUGCCACAAAAUUUAAUACGCCAGCAGGCCGUCAAAUAAUGCGUUUGUCGAAAUCGGCCGAAAUGCGAAACUAUAUGAAACCAGAAGUGGAUGCUUGUAAAGAUUUUUAUCAAUAUGCCUGUGGUAAUUGGGCUAAAAUUAAUCCCGCCAUUAAUGAACCCAAAACGGGUAUAUUCAGUGUUUUGUCCAAAGCAUAUGAUCGUAAAUUGUUUUACAUUUUGGAUGGUGCUAAAACUUCGCAUGACAUAGAAACUGAUAUCAAAGUCAAGUAUUUUUACGAGUCUUGUUUGCAAAGCGGUCAAAAGCAACAUAACUAUCGCGAGAAUCUCUUGAGCAUAAUGGAAGAGUUUGGGGGUAUGCCGGCUUUGAAGGGUUCCGCUUGGAAGGAGAGUGAAUUUGAUUGGUUGGAAGCUAUAGGCCAGAUUUUGCGUAAAUAUGGACGGAAAAUAAUAUUGGGCGUAGAUAUUAAUGCCGAUCUAACUAAUAAUGAAAUAAAUCGCUUAUAUAUAGGACAAUUAGAUGAUCUUAUAACUGGCAAAUCAAAGGAAUAUUACACUCGUUUAUCGCUUAUGUGGCAAAUGGAAAUGCAGUCAGUAUUGGGUUUAACACCUACACAAGCAUUAUUAGUUUCCCAAGAGGUAACUGAUUUUGCACAUAAAUUAGCUUCUGGAAUGGUAGAUCCGCUAGAGGGUCUUGGUAUGGAAGAUAAAACCCGCUUAAGAUUGCUGGAGGAAAUGACAGAGAACUAUGGUCCCGCCAUUAAUUUUACACAUUUUGUUAAAACCUGGUUGGGUUACGACUACCGUUUACCGGUCUACGAAUAUGUGGAAAACUAUAUACGAAAUUUGCGCAUUUUGAUCUUGGAAACACCGCCUAAUGUGGUAGCUAAUUAUAUAAUGUGGGAAUUAAUACAAGAUUUUCGUUUAGAGGCACAAAAGAACUUGGAGAAACAAAAAGAAAAAUGUGUGGAAAUCACCAAGAAACAUUUUAUUAAGUAUUUGGAUCAUCUCAUCUAUAAACAGCUUCUUAGCCAACAACCAGAAGUUAUUGAAGAGGUAAAAUCUAUGUGGCAACAAUUGAAAUUAGCUUUUGAGGAUAUACUACAGUCUUCCUCCUCCGAUUGGAUGCUGGAGAAAACUAAAGACAAGGCUUUGGAAAAGUUAUCAGCCAUGCAAUUUGAAAUAAAUGGUUAUGUGGGUGUGGACUUCCAAAAGGAAUUCAGUUCUUUGACCAUUUCUUCUGGAGACUUUUUUGAGAAUUUACAAAAUGUUUUACUGCUGAAGGGACAAAAUUUCAGAAUGAAAUUGCAGGAGCCACCCAAGUUGGAAGAACAUGAAAUGCUUAGUUUCACACCAGCCUAUGCGGCGGAAUAUAAUCGUGUUAUACUGCCAGUAGCCUUUUUGCAACCACGCUAUCUGUGGGAUGAUGUCUAUCCAAAGGCUUUGAAAUAUGGCACAGUGGGCUACAUUAUAGCUCAUGAAAUGGCCCAUGGUUUCGAUGACACCAUACGUAAAUACGAUGCUAAAGGUAAUUUAAACAAUUGGUGGGAUCGUAAUGCCAGUGCGGUCUUUGCCACACGCAAAGAAUGUCUACGUCAACAAUAUGGUCAGCAUAAAUUUGGUGGCAAACUACUGCCAAAAUCCCAGGCUCAGGGAGAAAAUAUUGCCGAUAAUGUUGGCAUACGUAUUGCUUAUGCUGCCUACGAGAUGUGGUUAAGUAAACAUCAUCACACACCGGAGCAUCUGCCUCACAUGGACAAAAUAAAUGCUCGUCAAUUGUUUUUCAUUAGUUCGGCUCAAAUAUGGUGCACAGAUAUCAAUAGAAUUUGGCAUCAUAUUGUUGCCACCACCGAUGUUCAUCCACCCGAAGAAGUUCGUGUACGUGCUAUGUUUGCCAAUUUCGAUGCAUUCGCCGAGACAUUUGAAUGUCAACUAGGCUCACAAAUGCAUCCACAUAGAAAAUGUAUUAUUUAUUGAUCAAAUAAUAAAAAAAUAUACUUUUAUAUUUGGUUAUUGAGGGCAGGAAAGAGGAAGGAAGUCGAUUUAUUUUAGUUCAACUGGAUGAAGUCAAGAAUGUGUUGCAAUUACAAGGUUAAUUGUUUUACUUUGUUAUAUCGUUGAAUAGUUCCUAUUGUUGUUAUUUAAGUGUAAAAUUGUAUAUAUAAAAUAUACAAAAUUAUAAAAAUAUUAUACUUAUUGUUGGACAAAAUUAAGUAAAAAGAUAAUUUAAAGUAUUUUCAUUAAAUUACA